CAACAGAGGCUGGUGACGUCGAUACAGGAACGGUUGGUCUGGGGUUGAUUCAGUGAAGAAAAGAAAUGGCGAUGCUCGGAGGAUUUAGCGCAGCACAGCACAAGAAAAAAGUCUCUGACGGGAACAGCGACGUGUCAGAAUUCAUCUGUCCGGUUUGCCUCGAAAUUUUCGACAGUCCCGUAACAACACAAUGCGGACAUACGUUUUGCCAGAGUUGUUUGCAGGAGUGUUUGCGUCCACAGAAGCCUGUUUGUGCUGUAUGUCGGGCCGGGUUGGGUCACUGGACUAAAGCUGCUGAGCUUGAGGCCCUCAUCCAAACAUCUGUGGCGUCUUGCAAGGGAUGCAGAGUUCAGGUUGGCCUUUCUCAGAUGAGAAGCCACACCGCUGCCUGUUCAAAAUACCAGGAGUACAUUGAGGAGGGGGUGAGGACCACUGCCCAGAGCCAGCCUGCCAUCAUCAGUCCAGUGCCAAAUCGCUACACCUUCACCUGCCCGUAUUGCAACUGCCAGAACCUCGAUCAGGACGGCCUGGUCGAGCACUGCACAACCCAACAUGCUCGAGAUACACGCCAAGUGGUGUGUCCCAUCUGUGCCUCAAUGCCUUGGGGGGACCCUAACUACAGGAGCGCUGACUUUUUCCAGCACUUGAAGAUCAGACACACUUUCUCCUAUGAUACCUUUGUUGAUUAUUCCACAGACGAGCACACAAUGAUCCAGGAGGCUCUACAGCGGUCCCUUUUGGACAACUGAAGUGUGAAGAACAAUCCAGUGAAGUGAAGGGGAGAUGGUGAUGUGAAGUCUUGAGAAGACAGAGCAACACACUGUAUCACCAUCUAUCAUGAGGAUGGUAGUGCUCUAUUACUUUGGGUCGGUCUUGUUAUUAUCAUCUAUAGGUUUAUUAUUCAGAAGAUAAAUCACGCAAUAUGGUUAUAAAAGCAUAUUGUACUGCCUGAUUUAGGAGUGAUAGUGUUUUUCUGGUUUGAUUAUUUCUUAUCGUCCCCCCAGUUGAGUCUGUAGACUUGAUAGUUUGUUGAAUAUCUAUUAAACUAUGUUUGUUAAAGCAGUUUGUUCAUUGACGACAUGGUGUCAUAUAGCCAAAAACUUCCAAAGUUGUAAUUAAUUUUCCCUGUCUUUAAAACUUUAUGUUAUAAGAGGGUUUGACCACUAGGUGGCUAACUGUUGCCGGCAAACAGCAAACUUCACCCAGUGAAGUCAUCGGGUAAUGUCAGCAGUAAUAUAUAGUGACCUACUCAAGAGUGACUGCAUGUGUUCUCUCAGAAGAGGAGAGGGGAGUUUUUGAUUUCAUUUUUUGAGUUAAUUAGCAGAUGGAAACUCUGUCUUUUUUAUGAUGUUUCUAGGUGUGUUGGUGUGAGAGAGAGAGUGAGUGUGUGAGAGUGUGUGUGUGUGUGUGUUCAUUCUGUAUUCAGAGAUCUACUGGAAAGAAUAAAUAAUAUGAGGGUCAAACAAAGCCAGAGAGGGCUGUUUGCUUUAUUGUAAUGUUUCUCCCUUAUGACUUUGUGCCUGCUGGUAGAUCUUGUUUCUGACUUACAAAACUCAUAGGGCUAAUAGUUCAUGAACCAAAAGAUGCAAGUAGGAGACCAUCAGUGUGUUAUAAUUUGGUCAGUUCUGAGAUCUUUACACUUUUAUUUGCAUGUCUGUGGCCACAAGGGGGCAGUAGAGUUCCACUGUCCUCUGGCCAUCCAUGACAGCCACCGUCCCUCAGCCACCUGGCUCUGUUGCAAGACAUUAUUUAACAUAAAUUUCAUUCUGUAAAUGUGCUUUACUCAAUGUGUUGUUCUCCAGCUUUGCAUUUUAACUGGGUUUUGUUCAAAUGCAGCAUACAAAAAUGUCACUGAUGUGUAGAAACCGAGGUUUUAGUGGGGUUAUUUGUUGUAGUUUUGACAGAAGAACCACAACUUUGUUCUAAGAGGGAUGAUGAUGUCACAUGACUUGGGAUUUUAAAUGUAACUUACUGUAGUGUGUUUUUCAUGUGCAGUGUGUUGGAUCCUUCAUCACAAGAAAAAAAAAUCCAGUUUGUUUUGCUGGGUUUCAUAUUUCUUGACAAAAUGACCAACUGUUCUGAAAAAGAAGAAAAAAAUCAACAUAAUUAUUAUUUGUAUGCUUCCAAAACUAACAGCAUGUGGCGUAAGAAGACAUUCAGUUUGAAUUUGCUGAGUGUUUUUGUUUUAAUUCUCAAAUUGUGAAUUGUGUGUGUCUCCUUCUCUUUUUUUUUUUUUUUUUUUUUUUUUUUUUUUUUUUACAUCGGUGUUGUUUUCCACUGACUUGUAAUUGUCACAAAUCAACCAUAUACGGAUGUGCAAAUAUUCACACACAGUUAAAUUUCAUUUGUCUUCUACCAACAGGUAAAUAAAACUUACACCCAGAUCAAGUAGCUCUAGAGCAGAACCCGAAUGCCUUCUCACAUAGUCUUUGGUGCCACUUAGCCCUAGAUGUUCGUUUUACUCUCCAAUAAAUCGUGGAAUAAUUUUGUAUAUGUAUCUCAUGUAUAAUGACCUUUUUUUGUUCUUUCUCAAUACAUCUCUCAUUCUCUUUUGUCAGCCCUACUGUUAGUGGGUGCUAAACCCUGAUAAAUUAAAGCUCUUUAAUUAUUUAAACCCUG